GGCACUAAACCCCAACUAUCUUCCUCAGCAGUUCCAAGAAUAGUUCUGAGCUGGCAGUGAUGAGCAUCUGCUCUCUGUUCUUUACUGCAGAGGAGGGAAGAGAGAAUAGCUCUAGCUGUUGGGGGCUUAGUGAGGACAGGAGCUUCAAUGGCUCUGAGUGAGUCUAGAGUAGUACUCAGGAAAGGAUGGCUCCUCUUUUGUACAGGACUAUUUAAGAGCUAGAAACUUUUUAAAAUGAAAACUGAGCCACACUUAAUCACAGGAUUAUAGCAAAUAGGGACUUAAAAAAACCAAACCAAACAAAACCUGCAGGGCUAACCACUACAGCUGGAAUCACUGUGUAGUUGUGGAUGUGAAGACUGUGGGUUCAAACAUUGUCACAGCAGCCGCACUCUGCGUAAAGGGAGCUGCCCCUCUAACUCCAGAACAGGUCACGCAAUAGCAGGGGCUGCUGGAAGAUGCCUGAGAAGGGCAUGUCUAUACUGCAAGCGGGAGUGUGACUGCGGGCGGGCUAGUGACGAGAGCUCCUAGCAGCGCCGCACCACUCCUGCCGCUCCACCUAGCUUUGACCCUGCCUGAUCAAACAACGCUCCCUAACCCCCGAGUCCUUCCCCCGGUGAACUAAGGGAAGCGGAAGUGAAUUGGCAGGGGACUGACAACACCAUCAGCCAAUGGGAUUGCAGAGCUCACCUCAAGCUGGUUCCGAUUGGGCUAAAACGCGGGCGGAAGGCAGAACCGCUGCUCAAACUUGCGGCGGGAAGCGCCGGGGGCCCAGGCGAGCCGUCGCCAUGGAGACGCUGUUGUGGCAGGUGGAGCAGCUGCCCGGGCUCCUGGCCGUGUCCCGCUCGGGGCAGGUCCGGGACUGGGACCCGCCGACCCUGGACAGAGCCCUGCAGUGGGGCCGCUACUUCCAGCACCUGCACGGCCGCUUCCGCGCCCAGCCCCGGCUCCGGGCCGCCCUGGGGCAGCGGCUCCGCCGAGGGCAGCAGGGGCCGCCGCUUGGCUUCGGACACCUGGGGCGCUGCCCGGAGCUGCUGGGCCUAGCGCUGCUGGGCAACCGGGCGCUGCCGCCCGCCGCCUGCCACCGCCUCCUGCGGAGCUUGCUGCUGCCGCCCAGCGGCCAGGCUACCCCGGGGCCCUGCAGCCUCGGCCUCCUGGCCCGGCGCAGGGCCGCCGCCCAGCUGCUGCCGCCGCCGCCCAGCCCAGCCCCGGCGCGCCCUGAGGAGCCGGAGCCGGAGCCAUCGCUGCGGACCGAGGCCCAGCUGCUGCUGUCCCGGCUGCAGGAAGACGCGGAGGAGGAGCAGGGACCGGCGGGUGUCCUGGAGCAUCUGCCCGGGCCUAGGGUCUACCGGGUGCUGGCGGCGCUGCUGCUGGAGCAGGCCGGGGACAACGCUGGCAGAGAGGGGGCCAGCCGGGCAGAGCACAGGGAGGGGCCCAGGCCGGCUGCGGCGGUGCUCUCCUGGCUGCUCGGGGACCCAGGCCGGCUCUCCGCCUUCUGCCGCCUCCUCCCGGGCUCCCUCCUCGUUGCCCUUUCUGCCCGAUACCCCCAGCUGGGCACCCCUUACUUGCAUCUGCUUACCAGCUGGGGCAGCCGCCUGCGCUACGAUCCCCUGCGCGGCCAAUGGGCCAGCAGCCGCUGCCCUAGUGAGGACGAGCUCUCCUGGGAAGAGCUGCGGGAGCGCUUCAGCUGCUUCAUGAGGGGACCUGCCCCGCUCCGAGAGGCUGCCCUGGCUUCUCUGAAAAACCUGAAGCUCCAGGAUGGAGACUUCGAAGUCUGCGGCCUGAGUGUCUGGACUGACCUGUUGCUGGAGAUGGCGGCACCUCUCUAAAGACACUCGAGCGUUAGCCUGGAGGAAGAGAGGACUAGGACAUUAAAUAGGUUUCAUAGGAAAUUAAAUGGUCUGAAAUCCAAGAAACCGGAGUAACUUUCUUUUCUCCAUAACUAACAUCAAAGUCAAAUGGAUUAUAUCUUGUUUGGAGUGAAAAGGCAACUUUGUGAUCAGAUUGCAUGCCAUAAAACUUAAGUAAGUUAGCAAAGAGUGCCUUAGGGCACAUGCUGGUGUAAACCUGGACUGACUCCUCCCCACAGGAGUUACCCAUGUAAAAUCUGUGUAAAUGAGCUUAGAAUCAGGCUCCUUACAUCUAGUCAAGUAGUUCCCAGUUACAUUUCUCUUACACUCGGAACAAGUUGACUAGGAAUCUUCUUUCCUCUUCCAAUUUAUUUUCUUCCCCCCACCUCUUAUGUCUUUACCAGCUCUGAUAUUCCCCAAUACUUAUGGUUGGGCUGUUUGGUUUAAGAGUACCCUUAAUUCUGCUGGUCACUAACAGGAAAUGCUUCCAUCCCCUAUUGGCACUAUUGCUACAAAAGUAGUGUGCCAAUACCUUGAGAUAUAGAGAAACUAGCUUAACUUUCUGUGUGUUGAAAAGUUAGAAAUUGAACUGUGUAUUGCCAUGGGUACAGUGUGUUGACAUUUGUCUGUUUCUAGCAGUUGAAGACUGGCAGAGUACAAAAAUGGAGAAAGGACUUUUUGUCUCAUUUCUUUAGGAUGCUCAUAAUUCCAAGUUAAAUAUAUUCUUCACUAUCACCUUGUCUUCCAGUGGUGGUUUAUUUUUUCCUUUUUUUCCUUCAUGCUUCAUAUUUCGAAGCAUGAAGGGAAAAAA